AUGGGGGAGACCUCCCCCUUGAGCAAAGCUGACAUCCUCUGCGCCCUUCCUGACGACGCCGAGGUCGACGCCCGCCGGGAGGAGGGAGAGCUGCCCAUCAUCCCGACAAGGGGCAGAUCAUCGCUGGUCUCUCGAGAUGCUGCCUUCGUCUUGACGCCGCCUGGAGCUGCCUCCGGCCCUUCUGCUGCGCCAUCUUCUGCUCCUGGAGCCCAUGUGCCCACUUCUCAGGCUCCGAAGCUUUCGGGUUUUAGGCUCCCCAAGCGGAAGGUGGACUAUGUCGUGGUGGAUCAGCCGAUGCCUUCGGCGAAGAAAAGGAAGGAGGAUACAGCGGCCGCGCCCCCUUCUGCGGAGAAAGGAGGCGACAGCACUCGCACCUCCCCAGCCUGGUCGCCCUCGCGAGGCCAAGAGGAGCAUCAUCGGGAGGAGUCUGCCCCCGUGGCCCCGCUGGCUCCGGAAGUGCCGGUGGCUGGCUCGGCUGAUGAGGUCCCAAAGGCUCAGGAGCCCUUGAUCUCCCAGGCUCUGGUGACAACACCGCCCCCUCCUCCUGCUGCGCCUCUGGCCCCAAGUUCUUCUGCUUCCUCUGCCGCCUUGGAGUGCGUCCUUUCGGAGAUGGCCCAGCUGCGGGAAGAUCUCCUGGGCGCGGAACUGCGCCUGGUAACCGGGCGCCUGGAGCUGGCCUCUGGCUGGCUUCACUCUGACCCGGCGGUUCGAGCGUCGCUGAGCCAGGCCGCGGCGGCCUCUGAGAAGGAGAAGCAGGCCGCCGCCAAGGCUGCGGCCGAUCGCGAGGCGGCGCUGAACGAUGCCGAGGCUGCUCGCGACCGCUGCCGAGAGCUGGAGGACGAGCUAAAGCGCCUGCGCGACCAGUGCGCAGAAGAAGCACGUGGCCGCCAGGCGAAGGAGGAGGAUAUGAGGGCCCGGGAGGACGCCAUCAAGGGCUGCGACGCCGAGCUAGAAGAGCUGGCGAAGGCGCAGGCCGCGGAGCGCAGCCAGCUUGAGGAGUUGGGGCGGAAGGCGAAGGCGAAGGAGGCUGAUCUUGACGCCAAGGCGAAGGUCCUGGCUGAAGACUGCGUGGCCUUCUCUCUUCUUGAGGAGAGGUCGAGCUUGGCAUUGAAGUCACUGUACAAGAAGGGCUUGGAGAAGCUGCUGACCACCGAUGAAGAUGGCCCUACUCAGCUGCUUCCCCACUUGGUGAAGGCGCUUGAGGAAGUCGUGGAGGGCAUCGGUCCCAUGGCUGAGGCAGAGGCUCGUGUCCUUUCUUCAGCUGCACUGACGCGGGUCUUCAGCCAUCUGCACCUUCGCGACCCCAGUGCUCAUCUUGAUGAGCUGCUGGAGCCUGUAGCUGAUGAACACUGCGCGGCUGCCGCCGCAACCGUGAAAGGUGAGGUGGAGGCCAUGCUGGAGAAGUUCCGCGGCUUCGUCCUCGCGCCCUCGACCGGCGAUGCCACCGAUCCUGCGGCUCCAUCUGGCGGUGCAGGUGAAGGCGACGCUACCAAGGGAGGAGCACCUUCUGUGGGUGAUGGCGGUGUCCAGGGGUGA